GUUUCAGAGAGCAAUUAUACAGUCUGGAGCAGCUACAGCUCCUUGGGCAAUUGAACCUCGAGAUGUGGCUUUACAACGAACCGUGAUAAUAUACAAUGCAAUGAAAUGCGGGAAUAUGAGCCUCCAAGAUCCCGAUUACGAUAAAAUUCUUUACUGCUUACAAAGAGCGGAUGCUGAUCUUCUUAGAGAAAAUGAAUGGGCUCCGGUUCGAGAAUUCGCCGACUUCCCAUGGGUUCCUGUGGUGGACGGAGAUUUUCUCGUUGAGAGUGCUCAAACAUCGUUGAGACAAGAACGCCAGGAUCAAAACAGAGAAAUCAAAGGGUUUUCUCAUGAGAUCAUUUUCGAACUAAAGCUUAAUUAUAUGCACAACAAUUCACUGCAGUUUUACUUUGCAUAG